AUGGCCAAGACCCGUAGUGACCAUCUGCUGUACUCCCUGGAAGAGCUGGUGCCCUAUGACUUCGAGAAGUUCAAGUUCAAGCUGCAGAACACCAGCCUGGAGAAGGAGCACUCCCGGAUUCCCCGGGGCCAACUCCAGACAGCCAAGCCAGUGAAGCUGGCCACUCUGCUGGUCACCCACUACGGGGAGGAGGAUGCCGUGCGGCUGACCCUGCAGGUCCUGAGGGCCAUCAACCAGCACCUUCUGGCAGAGGAGCUCAACAGGGCAAUCGGCCCAGGGUGUCAGGUAAAAGAAAGUGACACAGACAGUUCAGCAAUGUCUGGUUCCUCUGGGGAGAUUAAGCCCAAGAGUCUGAAGAUACCAGAUGGCCUGGAAGGUGACAAGCAGCAACAAAGUGGUGAUGGGGCUGGCUGCCCACCAUCCAUCCAGCCCGAGGCUGGAAGGGGACCCCAGAAGAAGCCUCUGGGCAAACGGAGAGAUCAGAAAGGCUCUGAGGUCCUGGAUGUGCAGGGCAAGCCAGGGGCCAGGAACACAACUCUGUCUUCCAAGAGAAGCCCCUUUCCCAGCAAGCCACAGGGGGAGAAGGGGAGCAAUGCAGGGGUCAGGCUGCGCAGGAACGCCAGCUCUGCAGGAAGGCUCCAAGGACUCUCCAGUGGGUCGUUUGCUGGGUCCCUGGGAAGGAAAGAAUUUAAGAUAUCUGAAGCAUAUUUACCUUCAGGAAAGAAGCGACCCAAAAGUCUUGAAUUUACCAUUUCUCCAGGAGAGACAGAACCUCUCAACCCAGAAACUCUUCUGCUUCAAGAGAAAAUGAGAAGUGAGAAUCCAGGCCCAGCAGCCACUCUGAACACAGGGGCUACUGUGGCUGCAGAGAAAGGCUCCAGGAAUCCAGAACACGCCAUGACAGGGAGGCUGCAGGACAAGGCUGUGUGUCCCCUUUGCCGUGCCCAGGAAGGAGACCCACUUGGUGGCAGCUGCGUGCAUGUUUCCUGCAGCUGCUCCGUUGCUUCUAGGGAUCCUGAGGCCUCAGGCGGCCACUCAUCCAGCUGCCCUCGGUGCCAGGACUUGCUCCCGGGGAAGAGCCAUGGAAGCCUCGACCCCAAGUCCCUGCCACAGUGUGAGCGUCACAUGAAGCAGGUCCAGCUGCUCUUCUGCGAGGACCACGGGGAACCCAUCUGCCUCAUCUGCGGGCUGAGUCAGGAGCACCGAGGCCACCGGGUUCGCCCCAUCGAGGAGGCCGCCCUGGAAUACAAGGAACAAAUUCAGAAGCAGCUGGAGCAUCUGAAGGAGUUGAGAAAAUCUGGAGAGGAGCAGAGAUCUCAGGGGGAUAAGAAGACAGCAAACUCCCUGAAACAAGCUGAAACCCAGAAGCAGAGAAUCCAGUACCAGUUGGAGCAGUUAUGCCAGUUUUUAGAGCAGCAAGAGCAGCUCUUUGUGGCCUGUCUGGAGGAGCUGGGCCAGACCAUUGGCCAACUCAGGGAGACAUAUGGCACCCGGGUGACAAGGGACAUCGCCCUUCUCGACAAGCUGAUUGGGGAGCUGGAGGCCAAGCAGUGCCAGCCGGAAUGGGAGCUUAUGAAGGACAUCGGAGUCACCCUGCACAGGGCCAAGAAGGUGACUGUCCCUGAGCUGUGGGCCACCCCUCCAGAGGUGAAAGAAAAGAUCCACCUGCUCUACCAGAAAUCAGAGUUUGUGGAGAAGCGCAUGAGGCACUUCUUGGAAACCCUGCGUUCAGAAAUGGAAAUGUUCAACGUUAAUGUGAUUCUGGAAGCAGAAGCUGCCCACCCCAACCUCAUCUUUAUCUUCUCUGAUGACUUGAAGAGUGUGAGACUUGGAAAAAAGUGGGACCGUCUACCUGCUAGUCCAGAAAGAUUCUAUAGCUGAAACAUUGCCCUGGGCUCUCUGAGUUUGCUCUCUAGCUGCCAUUACUGAGAAGUGAAGGUGGGAGACAAGACAGGGUGGGUCCUGGGUGUCUGCAAGGCAGCCACGAGCAGCAAGGAGAAUAUGGCUCUCUCACCAGAGAAUGGUUAUUGGGUAGAAAUGAUGAUGAAGUAAAAUGAGUGCCAGGCGUCCAGCUUUCCCUCCACCCGGAUGAGGGAGCCCCCCAGGCAUGUGGGCAUCUUCCUGAACUACAAGACUGGGGACAUUUCCUUUUACACUGUGACAGCCAAAUCCCACAUCUCAACAUCCACUGGCUUCUUUUCCUCUGGGCCCCUUCAACCUAUCUUCAGCCCCAGGACACAUGAUGGAGAGAACAUGGAUCCUCUGAAUAUCCAUCCAGUGGGUGGCCAGGGGCCUCACUGAAUAUCCAACACUUUGCAUCUUUCUUCAGGCUCCUGCCCUGUAUCUUGAAUCCAUACAUUCAACAGUCAUUAUUGAACACCUACUGGGUUCCAGCUGCUGUGGGGAAUAUAAUCAAUAAGAGAAUAGGCCCUGUGCUCAAGGAGCUUAUGGAACAGAAGCAGAAGUA